CAACUCUCUCCUCUCUUUUGCCAAUGCAGCACAAACAUCGCUAAGGUACAUCCUCCGGUCCACCGCCAUGCCGCCAUUCGCCAACUCCGACGUCUCCUACGCGAAACACACCCUCGAUUAUCCUGUCUAUGCAGCCGACUGGGAUCCCUACAGUCGCGGCUAUCUCGUAGUCGCAGGCGGCGGCGGCGAGGGACGCAGCGGCGUGCCCAACAAGAUCUCCGUCCUAGAUGUGAACAAUCGUGCCACCAUCGAACCCGUUGCCGAGAUCGACCUGUCCCGCGCUGAAGACUCAAUCCAGUCCCUUGCGAAUUUGGCCACUAAGGAUGGUCUCGUCACCUUAGCCGGCAUCAACUCGUCCCAGGCUGCACAUAACGAUAACAAGAACGAGCACUUUCGCGCUUUCGACAUCCGAUAUCCUCCGCGUAAGAAGCAAAAGACAGAAGAGAAGGCGAGCAGCGAACAAGGGCAGAUCAAACUGCUGGGCAAGCGAUCGCUAUUCAAGCCAUCCUCAGCGCCCAAGAAAGAGACAUAUCAGCGUCUACUGCGACUGUCACCUGUGGGAAAGCGAGAUGUGCCCAGCAAACGGAUAGGUGCUGUGGCAUCAGGCUUCGCGAAGGAGUCCGAGAUCAUUGUGUUCGAUGCGACAGCUGCUGUACCCACAGACAAGGACAUCAUCACCAGGAUCGACUUGCCUGACAAGCAAGAAGCCGCCGAUCUUGACAUUGCUUGCAUUGGCGAUGAUGACGACCUGUUGAGCCUGGCAUACUGCGAUGAGUAUAACAUCUACGAGCAGACCUACAAAUAUGACUUUGCUAAGAAGAAGGUCGACAAAAGGCCCAAUGGACCGAGGCGGGUCUUCCAGAUGGCAUCCACCGACCAGUAUCAGGCGAAAGGGGGCCGGCCGAAAUUCAAGGCUCUGCGUUUCCUAAACUCCGAGAAUCUUGUCGCGCUCGUGAACCUGCCCAAUAAGUCUGGCGCCGAGUUGAGGCUGUACCACCUAUACCCCACUGGUCCCGCCAUGGUGAUGCAAACUGAGAAGCUGUCCAGCCGCAUCAAGCAAGCAACGAGUCUAGACGUUGGCGCAUUAGAUGCGGAUAAGAACGGCAACCAACAAUUCACACUUGCUGUCUCUGGCCAAGAUAGCAGCAUAGAGGUUCUGACAGUCAACUACCAAGCGGGCACAGAUACCUUUUCGUCGAUACGUGGAUAUAUGACACUCCGAGACGUACAUCAGCAAGGCAUCACAAAGAUCUGCUGGCAGCCUUUCCACUCGCCUGUCCGUGCAUCAGCUCCGGCACCUACUACUGGCAAAAAUGGGGAGCCCAUACCACCUCAAAAACCUCAGCAUCCUGGUCCACAAUACGCUCGGCUCGCAUCAGUCAGCUUUGGCAACACUCUUGUCAUCGAUACCUUCCCUCUGACUCCUCUCGAACCUAAGGACAAAGAUUCUCGAUACGUUCUCAGCCAUCCUUCUGAUGAAAAACUCUGGACGAUCGCGAAAUGGAGCCUUGUCGUUAUCAUUGGCCUGGUCACUGCUAUACUCUUCCAAUCCUUCGUAUCUACCGACUCACCAUUGUCGGUUCUCCCACCCACUGUCCGCGACUUCCUCAAUCAGCCUGCUUCCGCCGCGCAUCAUCGCGAUAUUCUCUCACGAGCCAAAGUCGACGACAUUGUCGUCCCGACCGCAGCUGUAAAUCUCAAGGACGCGCUCGCCGAACAUCACGCUUCACCCGAUGAUGCGGCGGCCACUGCUGUUGUUGUCCAUCAUGUUGAAGAUGGCGAAGGCGUUCACGUCGCUGUUCACCCCGACAAGGACGCCUAUCUUGCACAAGAUGACACCGAUGCAAAGCAUUGGGACGAAUUAGCGGACAAGGAGAAGCACUACUGGAAAGAGAAGCUUAAGAAGGCCGGACAGUGGGCUGAAGGCGAAGGAGAAGCAGUGUUGAAGGGUGUUCUGUGGAGCACUAUACCUGGCUUCUUGAUGGGGCAGGCGGGAGAGUUGUUGAGGGAGCUCUGAGCACGGGUUCUCUCUAUCUUCUUCCGCUGAAGUGCCUCAUCGCUGAAAUACAUCUUUACCACCAGCUUCUGACUAUGGGAUUCACUAGCGCAGCUUUCCAGGCGCUCUUGGCUAACCUUCAUGUAUGAGAGGGGCACAGGCGGCAGCUUCCGAGCUAUGAGGUUUAAGGUUCAUUGUGCUGUCAGUACCAGUCGAUAUCGUCCUGCUAUACCAUUCUUCAUCGCCCAAAGCUGCUCUCAUGCCUCGUAGAAGAUCUCGCCCCAGCAUCUCCAAGACCUCUUCAGCAUCUCUCCCACCGAGCAACGAACAUUCCCCUUUCCUUAACCUCAGCUCCGAACUCCGCCUCUCCAUCUACUCACACUUACUCCUCGUCUCAAACCCCUUCAUGAUCGGCCGCCUCCAAGAUAAAGCCCGCCUGCAAUCCGACUUCCUCCGAAGUCCUCGAGACGUCCACCGCCGCUCUGGCCAAGUC